GAGCAAACAAGCUUCCUCUCUCUCUCCUUCUCCCCGCUCUCUCUCUUCCAAAUUUCUGAGUUUAAUUCUGAUUUUUAUUUUCUGAGAAAAAAAGACGAGAGAAAUUUUCUGUCGAGUUUUCUAAAGAUGAAGUUGAUGGAGGAAGAGAGGGAACAUGACGAGGAAAAGGAAAUUAAGGUUACGAAGGAGGAAGAGGCGGACGGUGAGGACGAAAGUGAGGUAGACGGCGGCGAAGAGGAAGAAGAAGACGACGACGACGACGAAGAUGAUGAUGACGACGGGGAAGACGAUGACGACGAUGACGACGACGGAGGAGAAGAGGAUGAUGAUGAGGAAGUGCAGGUUAUUCACUCUUCCGGUGGUCCUCCGGUGCAGUCAGUGGAUGACGAUGAGGAUGAUGACGAGGAAGAGGAUGAUGAAGACGACGACGACGACGGUGAAGGCGACGGCGACGACGACGGCGACGACAGUGAUGACGAUGAGGAAGGUGAAGGGGAGGAGGAUAUGGGGACGGAAUACCUUGUCCGGCCCGUAGGUCGUGCUGAAGAUGAGGAAGAUGCUAGCGAUUUUGAACCAGAAGAGAAUGGUGAGGAGGACGCUGAGGAAGAGGAUGAAGAUGAAGAUGAUGAAGAUGAGGCUGGUGGAAAGAUUGAAGCUCCACCCAAGAGGAAGAGGUCGGACAGAGAUGAUUCUGACGACGAUGAUGGUGGAGAGGAUGAUGAGAGACCCUCCAAGCGAUAGGGCUGGCCCCUUCUUGGUUUGAGGACUGACCAUGCCCAUAUAGGUCACUGCCAACUGCAAACCCACUCCCAAUCCCUGUUGGUCGGAUCAGACUAGAAUAUGGUAAAAACCUGGAACCAGCCAGAACCAGGGAACUUGUCAAAACUUAAUUUGGCAAACAAAUGAAUAAAAGAAAUUAUGCAGGGGGACAUCGUGGGCCAUGGCUGCACAAUGCUAUUCUGGCAAUAAUUUUCAGUACGUGUUGAUUUUUAAA